CGCUGGACCUGGUCACACUGGAGUGGUGGAAUGUUUUCAUAAUUUUUAGCCGGUGCUUGUAAAAUGCUUUUAAUUAUAUAAUAAAGCGCACUGGCAGUAAUGGAUCCCAUUGAUACCACCAAGCGCAAGCCCAGACGCACCUUCGGCACACCAUCCUACACGUACCGCAAUCGUUUUGCCUACGCCCUGCUGGCCGCUGGAACAGUGCUCUUCGGGAUUUGGAGCCUGACGCCCAUUCAGCGGAUCUCCAACGAAAAGCUGUCCGCGGCGUUGGCCCAAACCGAGCAGGAGCGGGAUAGGAAGGCCCUCUUCGAGUUUCCCGCUCCGCGCACAGCGCGUUUCAUUAAGGAGGCCAUCGAGGAGAGUGAGGAGCAGAGGGUUAAAUAAUGGAUCGACAGACGCGGCGGGCGAACUUCAAGAACCUGCAGCAAGCCUCCAACAAGCUUCGGUAAUUCUUAUUUAAAUAUACAUAAUUAUUUGUUGAUGAAUAAAAUGUAGUUUAUUAACCAAA